CUCGCGAAAGUUUGAAAAUAAUAUAUAUUCAUUAUAUUUUGUAGAAUUGAAGUUUUUUCGAAUUUUCCUUGCGUGAUAUAUGAGGAAUGACGACGAACACAUUAUACGUGAUAUCAUAUUAUUUGCAUACUUGGAACGCGCGUGCCUAGUUUACGAUACGCGCAUUACACACCAUGCUACGGAUAUAUCGUUAAGUUCAUACAUAUGUACGUAUGGGCAUAUCGUAUACAUAUGCCCAUUGUAUUAGUUCUCCUAUAACUAUGCUACUAGUGCCGUUGACGAUCAGCUGUCCAACUUCUGGAAUUUAAACAUAUUGCGUUCGCAGAACGGAAACUCGAAUCGGAAAUCAAAUGUAGUUACAUAAGACUACGUUUCAGGGAAAUGAAUCACUAUCGUUGUGCAUUUAAGAAGAGCUACAAUAUUUUUAGAUAACUGUCCUUCGUGGAAGGUAAAUUUUUGUGUAUCGGGAGAUUUUAAGUGUCACGCAAUAUUUCAAACGUCGCUGCCUGUCAGUGUUUCUUUUUUUUUUCUUUCUUUCUUUCUUUCUUUCUUUCUUUCUUUCUUUCUUUCUUUCUUUCUUUCUUUCUUUCUUUCUUUAUAAUUACAUCAGACACAAAUAGAACUUUACGAUUAACUUCAGAUCAAAAUAUCGUUUCAUUUCGUAUUGAGAAUACAGUGUUGUUAUAUAGUGCAAUAAUAAAUCAGGGUUCGAUUGCUUCCAACGAUUUAAAGAAUGUCCAGUAACCCAAUUGAAGUAGAUCCAUUCAGUGAAGUUGCUUUGGAAAUUGAUAUUUGUGAAGGGAAUGGAAAGGCAGACAAGGAACAAAGUACACAAAGUACAAAGGAUGGUACAAAAGGUACAAUUAAUGAGACAACACAUGCGGAACCUCUAACGCCAGAAGAGAUCCGUUGGUUUUACAAAGGUGGAGUCGAUAAAAGAUGGGUAGAAUUUUGUGGAUACGAUAGUUUAAGAAUAGAAGCAGCUUGGCGAGAAAGACAAAGUCUUCUUGGUAAAAAUGAUGGGAAGAACAAUGAAUUGCCACCUGCCGAGAAAGUUGUCGUUAGAGGAGGAAUGUAUGACACAGAAAUUGAUAAUAUGAAAUGUGUCUCGAUAUAUUGGCCAGGCGAAGAAUGGGAAAUAAUGAGAGGUACAUGGUAUUAUGAUGGUAGUUGGAUACCAUUGGAAAUAGAACAUUCUAAGGUCAUAGAGGAAGUUCAUCUAAAAUUGUUCCCGAAACAAUCUUUGGAACAUUAUAGGUCAACGCCUGAAACAAAUGCCUCUUCUUACUCAUACAAAGUAUUGCACACAGAAUGCUUUCCAGAAUUUCACGUUGAUUGGCACUCGAUAGAUUAUGUUGCAUUAUAUAGCGAAUAUACAACAAGUAAAUUAAUGCGCAGUGUUACAUCCAAACUGGGUUUGCCCAAAACCACAGGAUAUCGAUUAAAAAGGGGAUAUAAAGUUCCUGCUACAAUGGAAGAUAAGCCCCAAGAUAUAGACCAUUUAGUCUUUGUCGUACAUGGAAUUGGUCAUAAGAGAGACACUGGAAAAAUAAUACGCAAUACAACAUCAUUUAGAGAGUGCAUAGAACGGCUGAGACAACGAUUUUUUCCAAAUUCAAAUUACAGAGUUGAGUUUUUUCCCGUUGAAUGGAGAUCAUCUUUGAAACUCGACGGAGACAUAGUCGAAGCUAUUACACCGUACAGCGUUUUAAGUAUCCGUCAUCUAUUAAAUACAUCAGCAAUGGACAUACUUUAUUAUACGAGCCCUCUAUAUGGCGGGGAAGUAAGAGCUGGAUUACAAAAAGAAUUGAAUAGAUUAUAUUUCAUGUUUACCAGCAGACAUCCUGAUUGGAAAGGCAAAGUUUCAAUUUUGGCACAUUCAUUAGGUUGCGUGAUCGUAUAUGAUAUAGUCACAGGCUGGAUGGGUCCUGAGACAAGACCUCCAUCUCCAGAUCAAGAAGUUUUGUUGCAAGGUUUACAAUUUCCUAUUGAAAACUUGUUUUGUCUGGGCUCUCCUUUGUCAGUAUUUUUAGCAUUGCGCACACGUACACCGUCCAAUAGAUUAGAUGUAAUGCCUCAAGGUUUAUGCAAAAGAUUUUACAAUAUAUUUCAUUGGUCUGAUCCUGUAGCAUAUCGUAUGGAACCACUUUUGGAAAGAGGAUAUAGUAAAGUCGAGCCAGUUGUUAUACCACCGUAUGGAGGAGGAGUUGAUGAAUUGCAAAUAGAACCUUCGUCGCUAGUUAACGCAGAUCAAAAUAUAUCUCCCACUGAGACUGAUGAAAGAGAAGAUAGUCCAGUCGAUGUGUCCAGUCGUAAUACGGAGAAAGGAUGGAGCCUUUGGGGUUUAGUUAGAGCUGGUUGGAAUGUUAAAGAAGGCUCAUCUUCACCAACGCCAGAUUCAAAUCCUCCAAUCCGUCCAGGACAAGAGCUAACGCAACGUUUGGAUUACGUUUUACGAGCAGUUGGAUUAGGUAGAAAUUAUUUAUAUGCAGUAGUAGCG